UGAAGUACAACAGACCAGAGGCCAAACACACUGCACGGUCUACAUCUGAUCCUGGCCCUGAAAUCCACACUUUACCAGACAUUAGCCCUACUCGAUCAAUAGCACCAACCUUACAAGCAGUUCUGUGUGAGAGAACACAAGCAAGAAGGAACAGAUCAUCUCUGACUCAUCAACCUAAUGCACACCUACUGGAGCCCACUAAUCAAACUCCCUUGAGCGAACGGCUUUCCCAGAUUCGCAUAUUGAUCUGAUCGGAUUAGGCGUCCGAUCUUUGCUGUCUGACUUUUUCAGCAUCAACCAGAAAUGGGAUACUUGCUGUGGGGCGAUCCGUAAACUGGCGCCCAACGUGGGGACAACACCUGCAAACCGUGUCCCAUCUGGAGCCAAUUAGCCUCAUCCCUGCGGCCAAAAGAAACGAGCUUGGGACUCGAGUCCUUGCUGUUUUUAUCCGUUGUGGCAGCCCGCUGUGUCAUGUCCCAUCGGCUUGCGCCGUGCCACUUGCGGGUCAGAUCCGAUUUGACAGGUCUGGAAUAAAAAGGCCUGUCAUUUUGACCCAGAUUGCUCCACUUGUGUCACUUUGCGUGUCCGUCACGCAGUCAAAAGUGUUGACUUUGGCCUCGUUUGUCCACAUCGAGGUCGCCACACCAAUCUGACCAGUCUCUCCAUCCAAUCUACCCUUACGACAGCUUGCAAGUUCUGUCGUCGUGCUCCCUGGAGGAUGAGCGAUGUGUCCACGUUGGACUAUGAGCUGCUCUCACCGGGGCCGUCGUUCGCAGGGGUCCCCAGCAGCCCACCUCUUGGCGGCGAUGCCGAGCAAAGGACGGCCUUCGCGUUUGUGGGUCUCCUGAUGCUGUUUUUGAUUUUCCUGUUGGUGCGUUGCUUCCGGAUCUUGCUGGACCCCUACAGCCGAAUGCCCGCUUCGUCUUGGACCGAUCAUAAGGAUGGCUUUGAGCGGGGCCAGUUUGACUACGCCCUGGUGUAGUCACAUGACCGGAAGACGCCACCUGCCUUAGCCCAACCUGUGGCCCGAAUCCAAGCCUGUCGCUAAUUUCGCUAAAACUGUCAUGGGUUCGAUUCCCAGGGAACGCAUGUGCCAUGUAUACCUUGAAAUGUGCUUUGGGUGUAAACAUAAAGAACGCUACUUUCCGAAUUAACAGGGUCGUCCGAUUCUUCUGCUGUAGCUACAUCCUCAGGACGGUCUACAAGGUCUACAAUGAAUACACAUAAAGUCGACGGUUCAAAGUGCCCGACACGAUGCUCUCUGUGAAGUGUUACUACCCUUCGGCUACUGUACAUACUUCAUCAUUACUGUAUAUAUA